UCAUUUUUAGAUUGGGCACGACCAAUUUAAAAAUAAAAUAAAAGAAAACAUCGGUUUCCCUUCCAUAAGAAGACUCUAAUCUCCUCAACCACUUAAAGGUUUAAUGCCAAAUAUCAUUUGGCGCGUCAGGACAAUUUGGUCAUUUUGUUAUAUAUAUAUGUAUAGGCCAAAGAAAGUAUUGAAUCCUAAAAUAUCAGCACUUGUUGGUCUUUUUGUUUCUCUAUGUAUGAAAGAAAAAGAAGAAGAGGGAGAAGCUGAAACGUCCACCGAUACCUGGGUCCAUCCGACCUUUUUCUGGGGCGUCAUCACUAAAAUCUUAACCGCCUGAUUUUUUAAUCCAACGGUCCACACUUGCCUGCUAGUAGUUACACUUCUCUUUCAGUGGUUUAUUUUGAUAAACCCUAGAAACUUUCACGCCCCAACUCUCCUCCUCCUCCGCCUCCGCCACAGCUCUACCCCUCACCCUGCAACUCAAUCUGAACAGAAGAGACAUCCGUUUUUUCCCCUAAAUAAGAGGAAAAAAUUAUCAAAAGUUCAGAUCUUUAGACUUCUGUAGAUCUUUAACAGAUGGCGGAUUGAAAAGAGUUUCACUUACUUUUCGACUCUCUUAUUUCCGGGUAAUAUUUACUGGUUUCUCUAAUUUAUAUUUGUUGGUGAGGAUAAAGUUUCUAUCUUUUGAGCCGUUUCUGUAGAUUAGAUGAUAUUAUAUCUGGGUUUUGUGUGGUUUUUGGCGGUGGUGAAGACCCUCAUGCAGUGAAGUAUCUUGGUGUUUGGGACGAGUUAGACCGGGUUUGUAACCGAGUCUUGGGGGUUCUUGACCGAGUUUGGCUGGGGAAGAGCAUUAAUUGAACGGGUUUACGGGUUCCCCCCCCACCCUUCUUAUACUACGGGGUAGCUUUGACGAUUGAUCUGGGUCGUAUGAGUCCGUGACUGAGUUGGGGCUGGGGUUGCGGACUGACCUUAGUUAGGAUGACUGGAUUUUGCGGAUUCUUGAUUUUAUGACUGCUAAAAGUUGUGUGGGCCUAUUCAGACUGAGUGAGGAGUGAGUGGGUCAAUGAUUAAUUUGAGUUUGGAAAACUGGAUUGGAGUGGAGAAAUUGCUUAGUUUUCAGUUCAAAGAUAAACCUUGGUUGGGUUUUGGUUUUGGAAUAUCAAGAUUUAGCAUGCGCCUAGACUGUAUCAAGAUUUGAACUUUGUGACACUCUGAAAUUCUAUCCUGGAUGUCAAGUUUAGUUGGGUGGGAUAGAAUACUGAGGCAGGUUUUUGGUCUUUGAAGUGCUCAGUGUUUUGGUUUUGGCCAAUUUUGAUCAAAGUAUCAUUGAAUUGGUACAGAGAGAAGAUUGAUUCAGUUUUGCCUUGUAAAAAUAACGUUCCGAUGCCUUCUGUGGGAAUGAGAAGGACUACCAGGGUUUUCGGAGCGAGGGUGUUGAGAUCAGGAAGGCGUCUAUGGACAGGGACAGGGACAGGAGAUGGGAAGUACACGAAGAGUGCCAAUGGGGACGAGUGGAUUGAGCUUCUUGAAAAUUCUGGGGAUGGUGGAGGUGGUGCCAAUCAACGCAAAGAACGUGGCAGGCAUGGAAACGAGGCUGCUGCUAAGCAGGAAGUCAGGGGAAUGGAUGUUGACGUAAAAGUAGUGAAAUCUGCUCCAGAGAAAGUUUUGCAUGAGGGUUUGGAUGCAGAGAACCAUGUUGGCAAGAGGUGGGGAGUUGUAUAUACAAGAAAGCGGAAGUGUGUAGAUUCUAGUCUUGUUGAAUCUUCAGAUAAUGGUAAUAAGAAAAGGAGCAUAGAUGACAAGAGGUAUGGGAGGCAGUUUUUUAGAAAGCAGUGGAGGAAGAAAAACAUACAGACGGAGUUGGCUGAACCAGGUGAUUCAAAUAUGGCUUUGAUGGCACUAGAAGAAUCACUAGAUAAUGCCAGAUGUCAUUUCCUUUUGGUAGUUUUUGACUCUUCCUGUUGUAGCUGGUAUAUGGCUGCAUCUUUUCUGAAUUCUAUUUUGAGGUAUAUGAGGCAGGCAAGAGUUGGUAUCCAGCAGCUAUUUGCAUUCCUUCACUCCAAGGCAAUUGCGCUUGUAUACUCUUCUUGUGGCAUCCAUUUUCUGCAGGGCUCUAAUGUAGUUGCCGAGCGUGGAGUUUGCGUGAUAUGGGGUACCAGUUGUUUGGUACCGGUUUUUGCUGUGGAUUAUUCUGCAGUUCCUCAUUGUUUUAUGUAUUUGCAUUCAAGAAUGCUACUCCAUUUUGCUCAUCUGAUGUAUUCUGUUGAACGAUGGUUAGUGGGUAUAGAUGAUAAAAAUGAUAAUUUAUCAAAACUGUCCAUGCUUACUGAAAGCGUCCAAACUUCUGAUUACUCUGGGAAGACGGAGGUGUCAGUGUCAGUGUCAAAUGUUGCUCCUACUAAAUUAACUGGUCGAAACCUGCAACUGAGGAAUGGUCGUAACAUUCAGAGAAGUUCAUUUAGAUCAAAGAGGGGCAGACGGCCUUCCUCUUUUGGUGCCCGAAAAGCUAAUGGAGCUUUGGCUUCUAAUCUACUUAGCUUUAGACAUAAUAGCAAUCAACUUUCCCCAAUAACACCGAGACAUGAGCUUAGGAGUUCGACUGUCAGGCAUUCUGUCACAAAUAUCAAACAAGUCAAGUCUUCCCUGGGGGGAUUGAAACAGGAUAUUGAUCCCACUAGCUGUUUUGCAAAUAUACUGGUUAUAGACUCUGACAAGUGUUAUAGGGAAGGAGGAGCUAUUGUCACAUUAGAAGUUUCUGCUGAAAAACAGUGGCAUCUUGCAAUAAAGAGAGAUGGAGUGAAGAGGUACAGUAUCAUCACUCAAAGUCUUAUGAGAGCAUGUAAUUGUAAUCGCUUCACUCAUGCCAUGAUGUGGGGUAUGGAUAGUGGUUGGAAGCUAGAGUUCACUGAUAAGCAGAACUGGUCGAUUUUCAGAGACCUGUACAAGAAGUGUUCAGAUCGCAAUGCACGGGUUCCUGUGGAGAGUUUCAUUCCUGUUCCUGGGGUGCAUGAAGUGUCUGGUUAUGUGAACAGCGGCAAUUAUGUAAGGCCUGCUACAUAUAUAAGUGUAAAAGAUGAUGAACUGAGUAGGGCGUUAGCAAGGAGAACAGCAAACUAUGAUAUGGACUCUGAUGAUGAGCAGUGGCUAAAUAAGAAUGAGUUUCAUAAACUUUUGUCUGCAGAGGAGUUUGAGUUGGUAAUUGAUGCUUUUGAGAGAGGUUUUCACAGCAAUCCAGAUGAUUUCUCUGAUGAAACAACAAUUCCUAACAUAUGCCUGAAUGUGGAAAGGAGUGUUUUAGAGGCUGUGCACAGCUUCUGGGUUAAUAAACGGAAGCAGAGACGCGCAUCCUUGAUCAGGAUUUUUCAGUUGUAUCAGCCAAGGAGAACCCAAAUGAUACCAAAUUCUGUCCUCCGCAAGAAAAGGACAUUCAAACGACAGGGAAGCCAAAUUGGAAGAGGCAAACAGCGUCCUUUUCUUAAAGUAAUGGCGGCUGAGCAAGAUGCUGAGGAACAACAAAAUGCCGUUUUGAAGGUGGAAGAAGCCAAAGCUGCAGCAGACAGGUCAGAAGGGUUGGCGGUUCUUAAGCGUCAAAGAGCUCAGCAGCUCAUGGAAAAUGCUGAUUUGGCAUCUUACAAAGCUGCCAUGGCACUUAAAAUUGCUGAAUUGGCUCAAAUUGCGGAAUCGACAGAUAACGCUGAUCUCCGUCUCCCAGUCGGGUUACUGGAUUUGUUUCCGGAGACCUGAGCUCAAAUUGCUGAGAGUACCCAUGGCGGCCUUUUUGAGAGUGCCUUGGAGGUGGUUCAACCUUUGACAGUAGUAUCAUUGUUGUAAUUUUGUAUAGAUUCUGAUUGGGGAUGUACAUUCUGUAUUAUGACGUCAUACGCGGAUUUCUACAAGAACUUUGAAUUGUUUAAAAGAAAACGCAGGAAAAUAGAGAAAAUAGUGUUUUUUUUUUUU